AUGCUAACUAUUAUGGUACCCCUACCAAUUCUGGUGCAAGUGGAUGUAACUAAUGUCCAACUGGUGCUUCUUCUUCUGCAGGUUCCACUUAAUUAAGUUCAUGUUCUUGUAGCGAUGUUAAUUCUUCCCUUAACAGUGGAAAUACUGCUUGUUAAUGCAAUGCUAACUAUUAUGGUACACCUACUACUUCUGGAGCCAGCGGAUGUACUUAGUGUCCUACUGGUACUACUUCUACUGCUGGAUCAACUGCAAUUGCUUCUUGCGCAUGUCCUGAUACUAAUGCUUCACUAAGCAGCGAUAAUCCUCCUGUUUGCUAGUGCAACGCUAACUUCUAUGGCAGUCCUACUACCUCAGGUGCUAGUGGAUGCACUGCUUGCCCAGCUGGAUAAACUUCCCCUGCUGGCUCUACUACUAAUGUUUGCGCCACAAGCACUACUUCUUCCACUUAUAUUUUACCAAUAAUUUAAUUACUUUUAUGUUUGGUAAUUCUUAUUUGAGGUUUAAUUUAAAAUUUUAACAUAUAAACCUAUAAUAAAGUAAUUACCAAAAAAUCAAUUUUUGUCUGUUAGUUUAUGUUUUAAUUUAAUGUACUAAUGA